AUGUCUAAAGAAGUCCAAGGUUUAUUGAAGACGUAUUUGUAAGUUGAAAAGGAAGCUCAAUAGAUUAAAGAUAAAUAAAUAAAGUUAGCUAAAGUAACGAAAUCUAGUAAAUAAGAAUUUAGCGAAUUCCUGAAAUAGGUCCUCAUCCUUAAAAGUAAUCGCAAAACAAAGUUAAGGAAUCAGUAUCAGCUCUAAAAUAAAAGAGAAUUCAAUUAGAAAAAGAAUCCCAUAAAAUAUCUUAAGAACAUGAUUACAUGCAACAAAUCCUUUAAAAUGAAUUAAAGAAAUAAUUGGCUCCUCCUCAAAAACAUAAUGAUAUAUUAAUAAAUUUAGAAAAAGUAGCAUAAGAAACUUAAUAUACAUAUUUAAAAUUUAGAACAGAGAAGUUUGUAUAAAAAUUAGGAAAGAUCUUUUCUAUUUCUUCAAUCAAAAAGGAAUUUCUCUUAAAAAUAAAGAAGCAUUAAUAGAAAUCAAAAGAAGAAAUACAUUAAUAUUGUGAAUUUAGAAAUUUCCAAUUACAAAAGAAAGUUUUUAAUUGUUGGAAAAUAUUUUAUUAUUAAACAAAAGAAGAAAGAAGAUUAAGGGAAGAAUAACAAUAAAAGAAAUAUGACAUGGGAUAGAACGUAAGAUAUUAUAUUAAUUAAUAGUAAUUGGCUUUAGAAUUUAAUAAUUUUUGUCUGACAAAUAAAUUUUUCAAAGCACUUAAGUAAUAUGUUAAAAUGAACAGAUUAACUAAAUAAUUUGAGACAGAUUAAAAUUAAAUUAAAGUUAAAGUCAAUAAUUUUUUGAAUUAAAUGCAAAAGCAAAUAUCUGAUGCUUUAGAAAAAGAGAAAGAGGAAAUUUAAUUGAUUAAAUAAUCAAAUUUGAUAAAUGAUGAAGAAUUGACAAUAUCGAAUUCUCAAAAAUCAAUUUAAUCAGAGAAAGAAGAUUAAGUUGAUAAUAACUAAGACGAAAUACUUUAAUCAUAUGAAAAUGAAUUUUUAUAAUCAAAUGAGGAAUAAAUGUAAUUAACAAUAAAACCUAUUUAAUAACCUGAAAUUAAUUAAAAGAAAUAAUAUGAUAAAUAAAUAAUUGAAUAAUAAGAAGUAAUUAAUGAAAAAUAAAAAAUUCAAAUAAAUUAAAAUAAAAUAACUAAAGAAAAUAAUCAACCUCCUUUACCAAUAAAUCCUUGGAAAUAAAAGUAGAGCAAUUCAAUAUAAAAUAUGGUAGAAGAUAACGAAUAAUCAAUUUAAAAACAAAAUAGUCCUUAAAAUAUGUCAUAAUAAAGUUUUUCUAGAUAAAGAUCCAUUGAUAAAAAGAAUAAUUAUGCUAAAGAAUAAGAAGAAAAAGCUAAAAAAAGAAAAGAGAUGAAUGAAAUAAUAAAAAAGAAACAUGAAGAUAAAAAGAAAUAGAAAGAAAUAGAAAGAUAAUAAUACGAGGAAUAAAGAUAGUUAGAAUUAAAAAAAUAAAAAGAAGAAGAAUAUAAUAGAAUUUAAGAAAAAAAGAAGAGAGAAUUAGAAUUAAAACAAAAAAUGGAACAAGAGAAAUUUGAAAUUGAAUAUAAAACUGAAAUUGCAAUAAAACAUUAUGAAAGAAGUUUACAAAAAUAUCAAAUAUUUAUUCCUAUUUUAAAAUUACAUUAACAAUAUUAAAAUAAUUAGAAGAGAGCUGAAAAUCAUUAUAAUAAUAAUUUAAAGUAGAACUUUUUUGUUUUACUCAAAAAGAUUCAAUAAAUAUGCGAAGAUUAAAGAGAAUAUGAAGAAUAAAUUAGGAUUAAUAUAUCUAAUAAUCAUUAUGAAAGAAAUUUGAAACUUAAAGCUAUUUUUAGUUUAAGAUCAUUAAAUAAUACUUAAAAAGCUAAAUUAAAAGAUGCUUAAUAGGUUAGAGAAAAGUAUAUUAAAAGACAUAUAAUGACUGCUUGGUAUAUUUAAUUACCAGAAAUGAGAGCUGAGAAUAUAAAAUUAGAAAGAAUUUCAGAGAGAUUAAUUAAUGAUUUUAGAAAAGUAAAUUUUAUUAUCUAUUUAUAGGCUAUACUUUAGAAAUAAUUUUUUAAUUAAUGGAGAGAUAUUGUUAGAGAAAAUAUUGCUUAAAAAAUAAGAGAAUAGAAUAAAUAAGAAAUGUGGUAAAAAGUAAAUUAAUGGCUUUAAGAAUUUGAUGAUGAAAAAAUAGAAUGA